AAGAGGUGUUCUGCAGUGGAAAGGUUAAUCCUUCAUGUUUCUAAUGUCAGAUUCUUGAUAGCUAUCAGACUUUUUGAAUUUUAGGUCCUCUACCAUGGUCAGCCGGUGGGUGUGAUAGUUGCUGAAGAAAUGUCUCAAGCCGUGUAUGCCGCAGACUUAGUUAAGAUUGCAUAUGCCACUCAAGUUGAAAAAGAACGAUCGUUUGCUUCCUCAAUCCAUCGAUUAUUUGCAGGAAACAAUGUGAAUACUGAAGAAAAAUUGCUUCCAACAAUUCAGGAUGUUCUUCAAGAAGAUCAAAAGAGUGUGCAAAAUCGGUAUCGAUUUUCGAAAAAAAUUGAAGGGGAUUCUUACAAAAAUGUUUCCCAGUUGAUUAAUAACGUCCAGGGUUUCUUUGUCUGUGGUCCUCAGUAUCACUAUCAUAUGGAAACUCAAACAACUCUUGCGGUGCCAACAGAGGAUGGUAUGGAUAUCUAUGCUAGUACGCAGUGGAUAGACGUUACGCAAAGGGUUGUGGCCCAAGUGCUUGCAGUUAAAGAAAACACCAUUAAUAUUAAACUUAGGCGUCUUGGUGGUGCAUUUGGCGCGAAAAUAUUUCGGAAUGGUAUUGUGGCUUGUGCAACCGCUGUUGCUUGCUAUCACCAGCACCGACCUAUCCGUAUGGUGUUGCCAAUGGAAACAAACAUGAGAGCAAUUGGUAAAAGAAUGCCAGCAGCAAUUGAUUACAAUGUAAACUUUACCGACAUUGGAACGGUGUUGAAUUUACACGCUGUUGUUACUCAUGAUCUUGGUAUUACUCCAAAUGACUACAUAAUGCUGAGCAAUCUACUGUUCUCUGCAAAUGCGUACAUAACAGCAACUUGGCUUGUAGAAUUCAAGACGGUUAUAACUGAUGCACCUACCAAUACCUGGAUGAGGGCACCAGGUUCUACAGAGAUGAUCGCCUACACCGAAACCAUUAUGGAACACAUGGCAUGGGCAUUGGAGAAAGAUCCAAUUGAAGUUCGUUUGGCCAAUAUUCUUCCUGUGAAUCCAAUUAGGGUGAUUUUGAGAGAUUUUCUGGAAAAUUGUGAAUACUACAGAAGGCUGGAUGAGGUGAAUCAGUUCAACAGGGACAACAGAUGGAAGAAAAGAGGCAUUGCAAUAACCCUUAUGCAGUAUCCGCACGCUAACCUAGGGACCUAUGAAGCUCUCGUGUCAAUAUACCACGGCGAUGGAAGUGUAGUUCUCUACAUAGCUGGGAUUGAGAUGGGUCAAGGUCUCUAUACUAAAACCAUUCAGAUUGCAGCACAUGUGUUGGGAAUUUCCCUAGAUAAGGUCAAAAUAGCACCUCCGGACAAUGUUAUAGGGGCUAAUUCAAUGGUCACUGCUGGAAGUUUUACCAGCGAUACAAUUGGACAUGCUGUAAAACGAUGCUGCGAGAUUCUCAAUGAACGUCUGGAACCUAUUAAGCUCCUUAACCCUACUGGAACAUGGGAGGACACAGUCCAGGCUGCAUAUCUCGCAAAUGUUGAACUAAUAGCCACUUAUCAGUUUACAAUGGGAGAAAUUCUUCCCUAUAUCAUCUACGGGGUGGCUUGUGCCGAAAUUGAAAUUGAUGUCCUUACUGGAAGUUUCCAGCUUCGUCGAGUGGACAUUGUCGAAGAUACUGGGGAAAGUAUCAGUCCACGAAUUGAUGUUGGGCAGGUGGAGGGUGCCUUUAUCAUGGGUAUGGGCUACUGGCUUCAUGAAAAACUUAUCUACAAUCGUUCUAACGGCGAACUACUGACUAAUCGAUCCUGGAAUUACAAACCACCUGGUGCUAAGGAUAUUCCAGUUGAUUUUCGCGUUACCCUUCUGCAAAACAGCACAAAUCCACUAGGAGUUCUAAGGUCGAAAAUUUGCAGUGAACCUGCUGUAACUAUGGCAGUUGUGGUUGUAUCUGCUUUAAGGAAAGCCUUGGAGUCCGCUCGUAAGGAUGCCGGUGAACCGGAUAUCUUUCUGAACUUCAGUACACCGACAACUGUUGAAGAUAUUCUUAAACUUGCAGGGACUAAAAAUAAUCAGUUUGUUCUGUAAACUGUAAACUUCGAAAAAUUAAACUCAUAAUAAAAAAAUGGCAAUAUAAAAUUUAUCAAUUGCUUAACCCUUUAACGACAAGACAGUUUUCGCUGACCGAAAAUCAGCAAUAAGAGUGAAACCGAUAAACAAAACUUAUGAAACGUCUUACAUCUAAUUUUCGAAAAGUCAUCAGAAUCUAAUUUGGUGUAUUUUUUGUCUAUAUGAACGAUAGGGACAAAAAUAGCUCAAAAAUUUUAAUAAUUUUUCUGACGAUACCAAUGACAGAUAAUUUUCACUUUAAUGAAAAAUAUAAUGUUUGAGUAUUGUAGUUUCUUAUUCCAAAACGGUUGUACUUACUUAAAAAAAAUGGAAGUAUAAAAAAUAAUUAAAAUAAAUUUUCUAUAUUAGAAUUUAAAAAUUCGUAAUUUUUGAGCUUAAAAAUUUACUAUAUAGCAAAUAGUUGGAGACUUGCAAAAAAUAUCCUUGAUUCCUUCAACUUUCUACUUUGCAAUUACGUACAAACAUUAGAAAAAAAUAA